AGUGGCGGGAAUCCCCCUCGUUUAUUCCCUCCUCUUUUCUCCUAUCCAUCUACAGAUCACAAGCUCUCAUCCCAUUCCCGCCAAGAAAAAUGCAGAACGGCAGCAGCAGCAAGAGGCGAGCUCCUCCGCCUCCUUCGGCCCCGAACGCCUCGAAGCGAUUCCAGCCCCAGCAGCAACAGCAGCGUCCGCAGUCGACGGUGACGAUGGCGGAAGAUGAGGAGAUGAUGGACGAAGACGUCUACUUGGAAGAAACCCUACUCCAAGACGAAGAAUUCCUCCACGAUGAAGAAGCCUUACGAGCCCUCUCAUCCCGACUCUCCAAAUGGAAGCGUCCUCCCCUCCCCCCUUCCUAUGUCUCCCAAUCCCAAAGCAUAAUUUUCCAGCAAUUGGAGAUAGAUUACGUUAUUGGCGAUAGCCAUAAAGUAUUGCUCCCUAAUUCGUCGGGCCCUGCUGCCAUCCUUAGAAUGUUUGGUGUUACAAAGGAAGGCCACAGCGUCUGCUGCCAUGUUCAUGGGUUCGAGCCGUAUUUCUACAUUAGCUGCCUGCCCGGGAUGGACCCCGAUGAUAUCUCCCGUUUCCACCAAAUCCUUGAGGGUAGAAUGAGGGAAGCAAACAGGAACAGCAAGGCUCCCAAAUUCAUCUUAAGAAUUCAGAUGGUCCAGAAGAGAAGCAUUAUGCAUUACCAGCAACAGCAAUCUCAGCCUUUCCUUAAGAUUGUUGUUGCCCUGCCAACAAUGGUUGCCAGCUGUCGAGGCAUUCUAGAGAGGGGCAUACAAAUUGACGGUCUUGGAACAAAGAGUUUCGUGACAUAUGAAAGCAAUGUUCUUUUUGCCCUUCGUUUCAUGAUUGAUUGUAACAUCGUUGGUGGCAAUUGGAUUGAAGUGCCUGCUAGGAAAUAUAUGAAGGCAACAAAGAGUAUAUCUUAUUGCCAACUAGAAUUUGAUUGUCUGUACUCUGAAUUAGUCAGCCAUGCUCCAGAAGGAGAGUUCUCUAAAAUGGCCCCUUUUCGGAUUUUGAGUUUCGACAUUGAGUGCGCUGGUCGCAAAGGACUUUUUCCUGAGCCAAGCCAUGAUCCUGUUAUUCAGGUGGCCAAUUUAGUUACUCUACAGGGAGAGGACCACCCCUUUGUACGCAAUGUAAUGACUCUUAAGUCAUGCUCUCCAAUAGUUGGUGUCGAUGUGAUGUCAUUUAAUACUGAAAGAGAUGUCUUGCUAGCUUGGAGGGAUUUUAUCCGUGAAAUAGAUCCUGAUAUCAUAAUCGGAUACAAUAUCUGCAAGUUUGAUCUGCCAUAUCUUAUUGAGAGAGCUGAAGCCUUGAAAAUAGCUGAAUUUCCAAUUCUGGGACGCAUCAGAAACAGUAGGGUUCGGAUCAAGGAUACAACUUUUUCAUCAAGACAGCUUGGAGUGCGGGAAAGUAAAGAGGUUACAAUCGAAGGGCGAGUUCAGUUUGAUCUGUUUCAGGUUAUGCAACGAGACUAUAAGCUGAGUUCAUAUUCUUUGAAUUCUGUUUCUGCACACUUUCUCGCAGAGCAGAAGGAGGAUGUUCAUCAUUCAAUAAUAUCUGAUCUUCAAAAUGGUAACCCAGAAACUAGGAGGCGUCUUGCUGUCUAUUGCUUGAAGGAUGCUUAUCUUCCACAACGGCUUUUGGACAAAUUGAUGUUCAUUUACAACUAUGUGGAGAUGGCUCGAGUCACAGGUGUUCCUAUAUCUUUUCUGCUUGCAAGAGGCCAAAGCAUUAAGGUUCUUUCACAACUUCUUAGGAAGUCCAAGCAGAAGAACCUUGUUAUUCCAAAUGUUAAAGGGCAAGGAAGUGGACACGAAACAUUUGAGGGUGCAACUGUUUUGGAGGCCAGAGCUGGAUUUUAUGAAAAGCCAAUUGCUACAUUGGAUUUUGCAUCUUUGUAUCCGUCCAUCAUGAUGGCAUAUAAUCUAUGUUACUGCACUCUGGUAACACCUGAGGAUGUUCGUAAGUUCAACUUGCCCCCAGAAUGUGUCAAUAAAACUCCAUCUGGUGAAACUUUUGUUAAACCAAAUUUACAGAAGGGCAUACUUCCAGAAAUUCUCGAAGAAUUAUUGGCUGCUCGUAAAAGGGCUAAAGCAGAUCUUAAGGAAGCAAAGGAUCCAUUUGAGAAGGCUGUACUGGAUGGUCGUCAGCUGGCUCUGAAAAUAAGUGCGAACUCAGUGUAUGGAUUUACUGGAGCUACAGUGGGACAACUACCUUGUUUGGAGAUAUCUUCCAGUGUGACAAGCUAUGGUCGACAGAUGAUUGAGCAGACGAAGAAGCUUGUAGAAGACAAAUUCACAACGCUUGGUGGCUAUGAUCACAACGCCGAGGUUGUUUAUGGGGAUACAGAUUCUGUUAUGGUUCAAUUUGGUGUGUCAACUGUAGAUGCAGCAAUGAGCCUGGGGAGGGAAGCAGCUCAGUACAUCAGCGGCACUUUCACAAAGCCCAUCAAACUAGAGUUUGAGAAGGUUUAUUAUCCAUACCUUUUAAUCAGCAAGAAGAGAUAUGCUGGACUUUUGUGGACAAAUCCAGAAAAGUUUGACAAAAUGGACACCAAAGGCAUUGAGACAGUUAGAAGGGACAACUGUCUUCUGGUAAAGAAUUUGGUAACUGAAUGCCUUCAUAAGAUUCUAAUUGAUCAAGAUGUUCCUGGUGCAGUCCAGUAUGUCAAGAACACCAUUUCAGAUCUUCUGAUGAACCGCAUGGAUUUGUCGCUUCUGGUUAUCACUAAGGGUCUCACAAAAACAGGGGAUGAUUAUGCAGUAAAGACGGCACAUGUUGAACUUGCUGAACGCAUGCGCAAGCGGGAUGCUGCCACUGCUCCAAAUGUUGGGGAUCGUGUUCCGUAUGUUAUUAUUAAAGCUGCAAAAGGUGCCAAGGCUUAUGAAAGGUCGGAGGAUCCUAUCUUCGUGCUAGAGAAUAACAUUCCAAUAGAUCCCCAUUACUACCUUGAAAAUCAAAUUAGCAAGCCGCUUUUGAGAAUAUUUGAUCCCAUUCUGAAGAAUGCGGAAAAGGAACUUCUCCAUGGCAGCCACACAAGAUCAGUUUCCAUUUCAACUCCUUCAAACAGCGGUAUCAUGAAGUUUGCAAAGAAACAACUUUGUUGCAUUGGCUGCAAAGCUCUAAUCAGUAAUGCAGAUCAAACACUCUGUUCACACUGCAAGGGAAGAGAGGCUGAACUAUAUUGCAAAACCGUAGCUAGUGUGUCUGAUUUAGAAAAGCUUUUUGGGAGGCUGUGGACGCAGUGCCAGGAGUGCCAAGGCUCUCUUCACCAAGACGUCCUCUGUACAAGUCGGGAUUGCCCAAUAUUUUAUCGGAGGAAGAAGGCACAGAAGGACAUGGCUGAAGCUAAGUUGCAACUGGAUCGGUGGAAAUUCUGAUUGAUGGAGUUUGAGGUGUGUGACUUCCACCUGUAGUCCUAUAUAAGGACUUCCUGCACUACCUGUAUGUUUACCGUUGUUUGGGGAAGGCAUCUCAUGGUCAAUCUUCAUACUCAAGAUGUUAGGAUUUCAGGUGUUCUAACAUUGGGUUCUUGGCUCUGACUGCAGCCUAUAGAAAGAGUAUGAAAGAAGGGUCAACCUAAAGCCCUUUGGCCACUUUGAUGUGUCAUUUAUUUUCGUUGGGUGCGAUGUAUGUCACUGGGAGGCACUGUCAGUUGGGCUGUUUUGGACCUCAAAUUGUGUCUCAUCUUUUUCCAUGUAUAAAUGUCAUUAACAGUGUCCAUGGAAGGAUAGGACUUCCAGGACCCAAUUAGAGGAAUGGAUUUAAAGCAUCUUCGGCAUGAGAGCUACCGUUCCACCUUGUGGUGUUUUUUCAUGGAGGAUUUAGAGUAGGGUACAUGCCCUGGAUGAAGAGAGAGUGUUAUUAGUCUUCUUCUUUAGAGUCUUGGGGCACAAUACUCGAACCUGGGUCAUACCCAGGGAGAGCAAGGUACCCUAACCAGCUGGGUAUGCCAAGCCAUGUAUUUGGCCUUUCCUAGUUUGUACUGUGGGACCUAUCAUCCAUUAUGUAUUAUAGUCAAAAUCGAUGGAAUGAUAGCUUUUGUGAAUUAGUGGCAGCUUGAUAACUGAUGCAGAUUGAAAAACGUAGUGAUGUAUAUCAUCCUUUGCCGCGUUUGAUGACCUAACUGUUUUGAGUAA